AUGAUCGACGUUGAAGGUACCGUACGGCCCGCCCCGUGUCCCGUUGGACACUUCUGUCCUCCGGGACUGACUCUGGGCCGAGGGUCGCCCUGCCCUCUCGGCACCGUGCAGAACCGGCCCGGAGCCUCCGAUCCCAAUGCCUGCCUGCUCUGUCCUGCCGGAAUGUUCUGCUCUCAACCCGGUCUGUCCCAGCCAACUGGACUCUGUGAGGCCGGGUACUACUGUCCUGCUGGAUCGACCAGCCCGAACUCGACUGAGUAUCAGGGGAAUUCUACCAGAGGCCACGUUUGUCCUGCGGGUCACUAUUGCCCCUCUGGCACUGGCUCCCCGCUCCCCUGCCCCACAGGGACGUUGUCCAUCUCACAUGGACUGAGGGGGGUUGAUGGAUGCCCAGCCUGCCCCCCCGGACUGUUUUGUGACCGGCCUGCAAUAGCAGAACUCUCCCACGCUCUCCCAUGCCACGCUGGGCAUGUGUGUCUGGGCGGCAGCUCCAGUCCCAUCCCGUCCGAUGGUUCCCAUGGUUACAUCUGCCCCGCCGGCCACAGCUGUCCAGUCGGCUCAGCGAGCGAGGUGCCCUGUGAGCCCGGCACUUACAGUGCUGCCCCCGGGGCAGCUCACUGCAUGACGUGCCCCGGAGGGUCCAUGUGUUUCUCCUUAGCCACUCAAGAGCCCUCUGUCUGCCUGGCGGGUCAGUGUUGUCCUGCCGGGACGGCGGUGCCUCAGCACUGUCCUCCCGGGACUUUCAGCAACCAGACGGGAGCCGUCUCUCUCUCCGUGUGCACACCCUGUCCCUCGGGAGCGUACUGCAGCGCACACGGAGCCUCGGCACCACAAGGUUCCUGUCUGCAGGGUUAUUUCUGCCAAGGCGGAGCUACGGGGCCGACGCCGCAGAGCUCUGACGACUCCCCCGGGAAUGGCCCUUGCCCCGUGGGUCACUACUGUCGGGCAGGGUGCCUCUCCCCGAUUCCCUGCCCUCUCGGCAGCGUUCGCACCACCAGAGGAGGCGUGUCCAUGGAGAGCUGCUCUGCCUGUCCUGCUGGUCACUACUGCUCCACCGAGGGCCUCGCCAGCCCCAGUGGCCCCUGUGCCGCUGGUUUCCACUGCCCUUUUGACUACUCUUCAACCACCCCGUAUGCCUUCCUGUGCCCCAAGGGCCAUUACUGUCCAGAAGGCUCUGCUCUGCCCCGGCCUUGUCCCACCGGAGAGUACCAGCCCAAUCCGGGCUCAGACAGCUGCAUCCCAUGCCGAUCUGGGUUCUACUGUGAGGAGGCCGUAGUGGGAGAGCCAUGGCUCUGCCCACCGCACUCAUAUUGCCCUGCAGGCACAAUGGUGCCUCAGCCCUGCCCUGAUGGGACAUACACCCGUUCAAACCAGGGAGGACUGAAAGGAGAGAGAGAGUGUCUGCCCUGCCCUCCAGGGAAAUUCUGCAGGGCCGGUAGGAUCCAGGGUGUGUGUGCGGCGGGCUAUCUUUGUGUUUCUGGGAGUGCAGAUUUCACCCCUCAGGGACUAAUGUCUAAUCUGUCCCAGUGCCAGUGGGGCAUGCAGUGUGCUGGACUAUGUCCACCUGGUUUCUACUGUCCCGAGGGCGCAGAGGAAGCAGCCGCAUGUCCUGCCAACACGGUCAGGAGCUCCUCCGGAGGAGCCGGCCUGCAGGACUGCUCAGCCUGCCCCCCGCAGCACUGGUGCCCACCUGGAGACCCGAUGCCUCACCUGUGUCCUGCCGCUCAUUACUGUGAUGGACUGCCUGGCAGAGACUUUAAUGGAGGGACAGGACCCCGGCCAUGUCCGCCCUACACCUAUCGCGCUCUCCCCGGAGCGGGCAGCGAGGGUGACUGCCUGCCCUGCCCGCCUGGUUCACACUGUAACAGGACAGGGCUUACAGACUACUCCAACAGUCCGUGCCCGCCUGGUUUCUGGUGCAGCGGGUCUGGACCCCCCAUCCUCUGCCCUGCAGGCACCAAGAGGCUCCACCCCGGAGCCGCCGCACCCAGCCAGUGUGAACCGUGUGCGGGGGGGACCUUCUGCCCAGAGCCUGGAGCUCCGGGGAGGCCCAAUGUGGAGGGAGUCCCCUGCAGGGCCUCUUAUCAAUGCCCCAUGGGUGCAGUCUCCGAGAUGCUCUGCAGAGCCGGCUCGUACUGUGGGCCGCAGACCGCUGAGCCUCCAGUGUGUCCUGAAGGGUAUUUGUGUCCUGAGGGAUCUCACACCUACAACACCCCCGACCAACUCUGUCCUUUUCCCUACUACUGCCCCGCCAACAGCUCCACCACGAAGUCCUGCAUAGGGGGUUUCAUGCCUGUCAACACGAGCGGCCUCAGAGGAUCCAGAACCAGCUGUUGCCACGUGUGUGAGGGGGGAACCUUCCGUCCGCACCGCUCCCCCAUCGCGCAAUGCCUUCCAUGCCCACCGGGAUACUUUUGCUCCCCGGGUACAGACCACUACAAAAAUAGCCCUUGCCCUGUUGGGUAUCUUUGUCCAAUGGGAUCCACCCAGCCGACACCCUGCCCCCCUGGCUCCUUUGGUAACCUCACUCAGGCUGGGACUCUGGGUGCCUGUCACCCAUGUCCACCCGGCACCUUCAACCACCUGCCCGCUCAGAAGGCCUGCUUCCCCUGUGGCGGCUCCUCCACCUCCACAGCUGGUUCUUCUUCGUGUACCUGUUUUGGUAAGAAUCGUGCAUUCCAGCACUCGGAUAGUUCAUGUUUGUGCAGAACCGGUUUCAUCUUCUACGAUGAACUGGAUUUCAAAAGGUCUGUCUCUGACAGUGGAUUGGACUGCCAGCCUGAGGUGAACAGGCGUUGUUCCGCGGGUCAGGUCCGCCUGGCGGCGUCCAGAGAGUGCGUGUCCCCGCUCCUCCACUCCUGCGCCGUCGCCUGCGGACCGCGUGGAGGAGCUCUGGACGUGGCGAUGGGCAUCUGCCGGUGCGAGCGCUACGUGUCGGCCGAAGAGCUGUGCGACACCUCCUGUCUCUCCGGGCUCCCUCGGCUCUCGGCCCGGCUCUCACCAGACGGCCACCUGCUGCUCAGCCUCAAAGAGAGAGACGAGACGGUGUGGGCCCGGACGGUGAGGGAGGUUUUAGGACCAGAUAUCCACGCGAAGAGUAUUGGUCAAAUCCAUUUGGUCCAGUUUGACCCUGAAGGCGUCUUUGGUUGGAUUCCCACACAGAAAGAGCUCAUCAAUCAGUUCAUGGCAGAACCAAUAGAACUCCUAAACACAAGACCCAGAAAGAGGAGAGACACGGAAGACGCCGAGGAUGACGAUGCUUCCGACACGGCUGUCCUUCCUCGUAUCCCCAACCCCAUCGUGUGUCUGUCCUCGGGUGACAUGCUACUUUUCCAUCUUGCCAUCAACCACACUGACCGCCAUCUCAGCCACUUCCCGGUGUAUCAGAAGGACCACCUGUUUAACAGUAACCCCGGCUGGGACUUUGGUGCCUUCAGGCGACUGCAGAUCCUCAUGAAGCAGAGCAACUUGAACUCCACAAGGUUCGCCCACGUCUUCUCAGAAACCGGGAAGUAUGUGCUUGUGGACAGCGCCGUCCCAGAGUGGAGUGUGGUGGUGGUGGUCAGCGAGGAGGGGACGGAGUGUGACCCGCGGGCCUCCGCGUUCCAGCCCAUGAGCCCGGCACACCUGGUGAAGUACGGCGUCGUCAAGCAGCACCGACUCAACCUUCUUCCCGACUGGGGAGUGAUAGCGGGGGUCCUCAGCCUGCUGUUGGUGGUAGUUGCGGUUCUGACCACCACGGUGCUGGUUCUGAGACCCGGCAAAGCGACGCUUUUCUCCGAGCGGAGGACGAAGCCGAAGUGGCGAAGCCUCGGGGAGCCCUUCUGCCCCGUGGGUUGUGUGUGCAGUGAAGAUGGCAAAGCUGUGCCGAGCCCAGGGGGCUUCCUGGGCAGCAGGGGUGUCGGAGAGGGAGCGGAGGCUGAGGAGCCCGCUGUGUCAAGAGGAGGAAGUGUGCCAGGCCGCUGUGAUUUGGAGGAGUUAAAUGUGAAGACUCUGUUCGACAAGUUAGAGGAUCAGAACCUGCACGUCGCCUCGCAACUGGCCCGGCACCGCAAGGACACGCAGGAGUUUUACAGGAGCAUCUGUCAGGAGACCGAAACGCUCAAGAAUGUCUUUGACAAUAUGGAUCAUAAAAAAAUGAGCCUUCUCAAAGAGCUGCUGGUCCAUCAUGCAACGAGGAAUAGCAGCGCAGGAGAGAGAGAUGCACGAGCUGAGACCUCCGUGGCAUUACUGGCAGCUGUCCUCCGGUCGGCGGAGGCCCUCGUGUGCAGGCUGACGGGAGAAGCUUGGCAGAACCAGGAUUUGCCCGGCCCCCCAUACGGCCCCCAUACUGGUCCUCAGGAACCACAAGCCGGAUACGCACAAUCCGGUGACAACAACAUGUGUUACACGCAGUUUUCAUCAGUGAAUAUGACCAAAGCAGAACCAGUUCAUCUGCAGAGCACGGCUCCCUGUCUCAGUGACCACGACUUGUCCCGGCUGGUGGGUAUAUCUCCUCUGUUCAAGACCCUGCAGGACAUCCGGCAGUCUUUACAGAACCGGCCCGCAGCAGAGUCUCAUCAGCAUGCAGAUAUAAAGCAUUCCGUCCAGAAGAGCAACGACGGACAACUCAUCCCGACCGCCCUCGACAACCUCUCCCCUCAACACUCGGCCGUGUUCCUCUUCGGUUGCCAGGUGAUGCGGAUGCUCUCGCACUGCCCCCGGUUCCCCUCCGUGCUUCUCCUAAUGGCCAAGUCGAUACCCGUUUCUUCAUCGUCCUCUCACGAGGCUUCGCUGGCACAUUGCUCCAAGGACUUCUAUUUCGACGCGGCCAAUCAAAUCCUUUAUAUGUCGGAGGCGACGCUUCAUCACGUGGGACAUUUCAUCGCCACCAUUGUGCAGUCCAUGGCCUACAUAGCAUCAGGAUCCAAACCUCCGAGCUUCACGCAAGCUCUCCACGAGGCCGUUUCGGCGUUAAGCCUUCAGCUGUUCAACUUCUCUUUCAAAUGCAAUGAAGCAGAGUCACAUCGCUACGCUUCAGAGGGGCUGCAGGGUGGCUUCGUCGAGGAGUUCCUCAACAUACGAGUUCCCACUGAAGCGCGCUUCACGGAGCACCUGUUGGCCAGCAGACUUCAGAAAUACAAAUGUUUCCAGCUGGAGCAGCUCGUCACGAACCUCAGAGAAAGUGCGACUGAGGACGCCAACGCAGGUUUGCCACCAAAAGGGACACCGGUGCAGAUGUCGUGCGUGGAGGAAGACAUCGACCGGACCAACGAGUCGUUCCUGCAGCUGAGCGUGCAGCUACAGCAGAGAGGAAACACUGCUGCGAAGGGAACGCCAACGAGCGCGCCGACCCUGAGUCGUGAUGGAACGACCCUGCUGGAGAUGAAGAGGCGCCACGUGUCGCGGCGCCUCGACGAGCUUCACGUGACGUUAGGCCGGAUCCAACGGCGCCGGCAGGAGGUCGACGGCGAGUCGAAAGAUGGAACCGUGAGCGACACUCAAACGGACAGCGGCAGCGCUCAGGGGGAGGAGCAAGGGGAGAAGCAAGGGGGGGUGCGUUAUCCUGGCGGAGGCGACCGGAGUCCGACUGGCGGCCGGCGGCGGGACAGUUUUCCAAACGGCGAGAGUCCCAGCCAACGAGGAGCAGAGGGCGGAGGCCUCGGUAACUCUAAACUGGAGGGUGGUGUUAAUGACCAGUCGAUGAGUGACGGUGUCCAGAGCAACGACCCCGGCGCAUUACCGGACUGACGGAGGCCGGAGGGCCGAGAUCAGCUGCGUGUCGAUGUCUCGGGAGCUGAACGGUCAGACCGCGAGGGACGAUGCAACCGGACUUAAAUACAUUGAUGACACGUAUUUGUUGUUGUUGUGGUUGUGUAUUUUAUUCAGUCAAUAAUUGCAAUACAAUACAAUAUUAUUCUGUAUAAUAUACAAAACAGAAAGACUGAAAAGGUAUAGGUACAAGCAAAAAUGCUUAUAUAUUCCUAUCCUAAAUUAUUAUAAUCAAAUACACCAGAAAAUUAAUAUAAAGAAAAUAAAAGAUGAUAUAUAUAUACAUUUUCUUUAUUUUAUGUUAAUUAUAUAAUAUAUAUAUAUACGUUUCAAUCACACUUAUAACCCUCAAAAAUUGUUUUACAAAUAAUCCUUUCGAAAUCCAAAAAUGAGUUAACCAUUCUUACAUCCAUUUUAACGUUGUUCCAUAAUUGGACUCUUACAAUAAAAAUACGUUUUUGAAUCCCUUUUUUAGUUUUUUGUACAGUAAACUUUCAAACAUCUCUUAAAUGAUAUUUACACUCAUGUAUUGAAAACAACCUUCGUACCUAGUCUGGCAGCACUGACCACAAACUGGAUCUGAAUGGAGAGAUCAAUGCUGAAAAGAAAUUGUGUUACAAAAGAAAUUAUUUUUCAUGUACAGUAUCAUUAUAUCUUUUUAUCUUGAGGAUUUUUAAAGUGGCCUUAUUUGUCUUAAUGUGUGCCGGCAAUAAACCAGCCGGGUUGUUUUUAAUUCUCACUAAUCCUGAAUAAAAUCACCAAAUGAUGAUGAUUUAAUAAUUAAUAAUAGGAGCAAAUCUUCAGCUGAAUGAACACAAAGUGACACUUGAGUUAUACAACUGGACAUAAAUAUUUAUUUAUGAUGUGGAGUGGCGCACUGAUCAGAAACUGGAUCUGAAUGUAGAAAAAAAUGUACUAACUUAAAUUAGUAGAUUUAUAGUUUCAAGCCUUUUUUCCCUUUGAUAAUUCCUCCCCACGAUGCAGGUCUCAGUCUAGUUAGGACUACAUGACAUUGAACUUUCCUCUCUUUUAUAAAUUAUCCAUAAUUUCAGGGCUUUUAAUUUAUUUUGAGCUAUAGGUGCCGUGUUUCGUGUUGCGUUCGGGUUCUAAUGGGAUAUUUAAAUGUGCCUUCAGUUUGUUUUACUCCAGCAAAACAAGUCUAGGAGUUAAGCAUCCACACACUAUUUCAUAUGCGGUUGUCAUUAUUCUCCUUUUCUUUGUGCUCGUAUAUGAUAUUAUUUAUUGCGUGUUGAAGUGGUCUUAUUUGUCUUAAUUGUGUAAACCAGCUGGAUUGUAUUUUAAUAACACUGAUCCUGAAUAAAAUAAUUAAUUUCUGGCAACAAGAUCACCAAAUAGUCUCUCAGAAAGAAGUUAAUAAAACAGUCGAUAAUCUUCA